AUGGUGAUGAUCGAUAAGCGAGGAUCUUUCAUAGUUUCCACGGCAGGUUAUUUUUUUGGUGUACCUCUCGGAAACGAAGAAAAUUCUAAAUUAUCUUUGCCAGUGUUGGACAAGUUUUUUAAUCAAUCAACGUGUAGGACACUUUGUGCUCAGCCAAUUCAAUCGGAAAAUGAUGAGAUUACGCUUAAAUUGAGCAAUGAAUUGCUCGUUGGAAAGAAUACCUUGGUAUUUUUUAAGCUAGCAGCAAAGAUAGUUACGGAAGAAAAUUUUCACGAUUUGGUCCAAGUAACUUCGAUCGGUGGGGGUGAAAGUUUAACUCUUAUCGAAGUUUUACGACAAGUUUGGGCACCUACUCUGAAAUCAUUCGGAUUUGAUCCAACUUCUUUGAAAAAAUUAGAAGAAGAUUUACUUGGACCACGUCCACCUACGUCUAUUACUGAAGAAGAAAGUUUUUGGAUAAAACGUAGCAAUGAAGCUAGUCGUACGAGAGAUAAAACAACUUUUGAUGAGGCUGCUAUAAUAUUGAACAAUAUUAAAAAAGAAUUUGAAAAUGCGGCCGUCUCAAGAGGUGAUGGGUUUAUCGGUUUGGAAGAAUCGCUCGAAGCGAUUUCUGGGUACGUCGAUGACGUUUGGAAAUUAGGCAGCACGGUUUAUAAAGAGGAACGUAUGAAAUCUCUUUUGGAAAUAAUUGGAAACGAGACAGUGAUCCUCGUUGAGAAUCUUGUUAACGAGACGCAUCAUGGUCAUAGUAACGUAGAUACAACGGUAUCCAUGGGUGCAAUGGUAUGCGAUAAAUGGGUGAAUGCUAGCGAGAGAUUAACAGGACUUUUUUGGCCCCAUUAUUCCCUUCAUCCUUGGAAAGAUGCCGUAUAUGUACCUGGAAAAUGUUCUAAACUUGGCAGAAGACUUAAACAACUCGGUGAAUUACGUGCUCAGUAUCGUCAAUUAAUGAGACUCUUAACAUCCAACGAAAGAAUGAGAUUGGACGUUGAUAAUUAUCUUGAAAAUUUCCAAGACAUCAAAGUUGUUUACAGCGAUGAUGAAAAUGAUAUCGAAUGGAAUAGAAUGAUACGUAAAGUUGAAGAAGCUUUAAUGCCUACCGAAGAAUUAGUUGCACAAAAAUUGAAAGCACAGAUUGCCGAUGCAAAAACAUCUAAUUCAUUGUUAGAGGAAUUUCGAAGAUACUUUGAUCUAAUGAAAAGGGAUGCCCUUAAAAAGGCUCUUCGUAGCGAACGCGAAGCUUUGCUUUUGGCGUACGAUGACCUGAUUGAGAAUUGUCUGGCCGGUCCAGACACAGAUGAUCUUUUGGAUACUCCAAAAAUACUUCAAGAAAUUCAGACGGCAAGGUAUUCUGAAAUCCGAUUAGAAAGUUUGUUAGAACUUGGUAAAGAACUUUUAGCUGAUAUUCCAGGAUUCGACGAUACUGUAGUCAAAGUUACGACAGCUUUGAAGGAUGCCGAAAGGAAGAGACAAUAUCUCGUUGAGUCUUGGGUGAAUGACACGAAAGAUGCUGUAGCUAAGAAACAGUUAACACUGGGUUCAGAUUCCGCAGUUGUCGAGUUAACUGGUACUAGUUUGAUGCGAGUUAAUUACGAUCCGAGAUUGAUGACCCUUAUCAGAGAAGCGAGAGCACUUUCAGGACAAGGUGUUGUAUUACCAAGAGAGAUAAGAGACCUUGUUGAGAGAGCAAGUUUAUUGGCAGGUCGUGCAAGAGCUUUACAACAAGUAGCUACAUUUCAUAAUACCAUUGGUGAUCGUAUGGUGCCUUCUCAAAGACCAUUGAUGUUAACCACAGCUUUGGAAUUGGCACGAGCCGUUAAGGAACAAUCUGGUGUUGUUUGGUCUGAUCCUCAAGCAGUCGAUGGUUACACAAAUAGACUUAGAGAAUUGGUGACAAAGUUUGCUAGACAGAAUGCCGAAUUAGCAGCUAAACAUUCGAACCUGCGAAACUUGGUCUCGAAUUUGUUUAAAGGAGAAGCUAUUAAUUUGGUUGGCAAUCAGAAUAUUUGGAAGGAUACUUUGAUAAAUAUGAGAACGAUUGUAGAUUCUGUUGAAAACGAGUAUGGUAAUACAACAGCUUGGAAAUUACAUUGGGAUAGGCAACUUUUAAAAGCGUUGGGUGUGGCUUACAGAGGUGCUUUACCGUCGUUGCUGAGAAAAUUACCGGAUAUCAGGGUCGAGUUAAUAUUUCGCGAUGGAAUGUUACAAUGGCGACCUACUCUAGAAGAAAUUCGUGCCAAGAUAUAUUCCGGUAUUAGACGAUCCCUCUCAAUUCCUAUGAAUUUUCGCGGAGUUGGUGAUGUAGAACACGCUCAAUUCGGUAGCCUAGUUCAGAAGAGUGCAUACUUGUUCGGUGGUGUCUACAAGCAAGCUGAGAUUGCUUUAAAUGCUUUAGAAUCCGUUAGGAUCAAGUGGUUGAACUUGGCUGCACCAGCGAAAAUUGAUAUCGGUGAAAAAUUAAAGGGAGCAUCUCCAAAUGAUUGGACAAGAGCUUUCAAGGAUGCCAAACAAUGGGCUCAAGAAGUUGGUAAAUUGCGAGGAGGUGAUGUAAAAGUUUGGUGUAUAAGUAUCGACACUGGAACAACUAGAAACGAUUUAGAAUCAGCAUCUCGUCGUUAUUGGGAACGUUUGUGUUCCGAUUUGCGCGUUGAAGCUUUUUCAAGACUUGUUGCAAUUGUUGAUUUCCUUUCUUUCGCUGCUAAAGAGUUAGAGAAGAGACCCCAUAACGUUGAAGAAGUUGGUCUGGCUAAUGAAGCUCAUGAACGAAUUGAAAAACAGUAUGACGGUGUUGGAAAUGAAAUGGAAGCUGUGGCUGGUCUUGCUAAAGUCUUAGCUGCUUGGACAAGUGAAAAAUUGGAAGGAAUAAAUUCAGCUAAUUUGGCUUGGCAAGAAUUAGCGGAACGUUUGGAGAAACAUAAAACAGUUGUGGCUCAUCAAUUGGAGGACACCAAAGUAAAUUUACGUCAUCGGGGAAUAGCAUUAAGGGACGAAAUUGAAAGGUGGGAAACCAAGUGGUUAUCAAAACCCGACAUUGUAACCAUAGAUUGGAUAUCAUCGAUGAGAGAUCGUUGGAUUACUUUAACAGAACAACGAGAUAGUUUAACUAUCGAUUGCCAAAGAAUUGCUUUUAAUUUGAGCGAAAUAAUCGAAGACGAUUCGACGAAUUUGAAGAAACUCGAAGCCCAGUUGGAAGCUGAGGAAUCCAAUUGUAGAUUUCAAGCUGAGUUUAUCGAGGAACUCGAUAAUCAAAGGGCCGAGGAAUGGGCUGUUGCGAGAAGAAGAUUACCGAGGCUUCACGAUUGGCUUGAUUCUUGGGAAACGAGAAUUCGUUUGCAAUCAAACGACAAGGAUUCUUCUAAUCCUCUUAACGAUAAUAAUAUCAAAAUCGAAACUUUUGUUGGGAAACAAUUAAGAGAAAUUCGUGAUGCGAUAGAAUGGAUUCAACUUCUUCGCGGUGAUGAAAUUGCCGAGGAACAUUGGAAUGAAUUAAAAUCUGUUCUUGAUUUGAAUGAUAUUAAAAAUUUAAGAGAUUUAACAUUGGGUAAUAUACUUGAUUCUAAGAAUAAAAUAAAGGACAAUGUCAUUCGUAUUAAGGAAAUUACAAAAAGAGCUGCAGCCGAAAGUGGAAUACGACAAGCGAUAUUGGAAUUAGAAUCUUGGGAGACAUCAGCCAGUCUACAAAUUCAACAAUCAAAGGACAGUCAACAUUCGAUUAUUUAUCUUGUCGGUGAAUAUUCCAAUCUUUUGGCUAGGACAGGUGAAUUACGACUUUUGUUGGAGGGUGCAAAGGGUGCUGCUGGUUACGAAAGAUUUGCAGCAAGAGCUACAAGAUGUGAAGCUAGUUUAUCAGAGAUCGAAGAACGUAUUAAGAUACUUAGUAUUGUUCAAAGAAAAUGGGUUUACUUGGAACCCAUUUAUGGUAGCGGUGCUGCACCCAAUGAUUCUGGAAAAUGGUCGAGAACUGACAAAGAAUUUAGAUAUCUAAUGGGUGAGGUUUCACGUGAUUCUCGAGUAUCAUCUAUUAGAAGAUUACCUUUACCUGCUUUAAUUAAUUUGAAGGAUUUACUCGACAGAUGUCAAAGAAGUCUCGACGAAUUUUUAGAAGAGAGAAGAUCGUCUUAUCCACGCUUAUAUUUUUUGAGCGACGAGGAUCUUUUAGAACUCGUUUCAGGAAGCGGCAAAGCUUUAGAAUCUCAUUUACCAAAACUUUACCAAGGUAUAGGAUCAGUGAUAAAAAAUGAUAAUAGCCUGACAGCUGUGGUUUCACCAGAGGGUGAAAUACUAAAGUUAUUGGAGGCUAUAGAUACGAGCGAACCACUUCCAAGAUGGUUGAAUAAUCUUGAGAAAGGUAUGAGGAAUACAUUGAGGCAGAGUCUUGAUAAAUGUUUGACAGAUUCCUCACCUGAUCCUUCUAUUUAUCCUAAUCAGAUACUUUUAUUAUCGGAGAGGAUUAGAUUUACUGAACGUUGCGAGGCUGCUUUGAAAGAGGGUGUAUUGGGUUUGAAAAAGUUGGUCGAAUUUUUGGAUACUCAAAGAGCAAGGUAUAGGGGAUUGGAAGAUGUCGGAGACAAAUUAACUGUUCUUAAAGCUCGAGGAUUACUUCUCGACACUGUUCAUCAUCUUGAAAUAUCUAGAACAUUGUUGAAUAAUCUCGAGAUGGGUGAAUCCACUUCGUGGUUGUGGUACAGACAACUGAAAACUUACAGAACAAACAAGGGUCCAAUUAUAAGAUGCGCUGCUGCUGAAUUUCCAUAUCGUUUUGAAUAUCAAGGAGCCGCAGUUGGUUUAGUUUGGACUUCGCUUACAGAAAAAUGUUUCCUUGCAUUAACCCAAGCCAUGAAACUUGGAUUGGGUGGUAGCCCAACUGGGCCAGCUGGAACUGGAAAAACUGAGAGUGUUAAAGCACUUGGUGGUAUUUUGGGAAGGCUUGUUAUUGUCUUCAAUUGCGACGAAGGAAUGGAUGCAGGCAGCAUGAAAAGAAUUUUGGGUGGUUUAGCACAAGCAGGUGCUUGGGGUUGUUUCGAUGAAUUUAAUCGUCUCGAAGAAGAAACAUUGAGUGCCGUUGCAAUGUUGGUUAGACCACUUCAAGAAGCUGUCAGGGAUGGGUUGAACCAAGUUGUUUUAGGUGAUCAAAGAGUUAAUCUUGAUCCACAUUGUUGCGUGUUUAUUACAAUGAAUCCUGCUGGAAACGAAUACGGUGGACGUCAUAGACUUCCAGAUUCAUUGGCCAGAUUGUUCAGACCCAUUGGCAUGGCUCAUCCUGAUAAAUUUGAUAUAAUUCGUGCUUUGUUAGAGUGUGCUGGUUUUUUGGAAUCUUCUAUGCUUGCUAAUCGUUUGGUUGAAACAUUUGAAAUCUCAUUUAAUUUACUUUCCAAACAGCCGCAUUACGAUUGGGGUCUUAGAGCACUUAGAUCAGUGUUAGAUGCUAUUUCACCUGUUAAUCAAUUGGACGAAUCAACCAGGCUAUUUAUCGCAAUUAAAGAUUCAACAUUGCCAAAAUUAACCGAGGAAGAUGCCAAAAAGUUUCUCGAUUUGUUAGACGACGUAUUUCCUAACGUAGAUCAUUCGUUAACCGAAGUGUCCAACGAAAAGAAAGAUUUACGAGAAGCAUUGAUUGAAUUAUGCGAGUCUGGUAAUUAUACCAAGAAAAUUAUUGAUCAGUGCAUACAAUUGUACGAUCAAUUAAAAAGUAGAACAGGUGUUGCAAUAGUUGGACCACCUGGUAGCGGAAAGACAGUUAUAAGAAAAUUAUUAACCGAAGCUUUAUCGAAAAUCGGAGAAUCGGUUGAUCAGUAUAUCAUUUAUCCUGGUGCUGUACCCAAAUCCAAACUUUUAGGACGAGUUGAUUCACAAACAAGAGAAUGGAAAGAAGGUUUGUUAUCGAGUGCAGUAAUAACAGCUGGAGGAGAUAAUUCAACUUGGAUUAUUUUGAAUGGCGACGUUGAACCAGAAUGGGCAGAGGCUUUAAAUUCUGCCUUGGAUGACAACAGAUUACUGACAUUACCCAACGGAGUUGGUGUCAAACUGGGAAACGGUAUCAGGUUCAUAUUCGAGACACAUAAACUGGCAAGUGCUAGUCCAGCAACAGUUUCACGAUUGGGUGUUGUCCAUCUUGGAACAAUUAGUCCAACUUCACUUUUACAAGCUUUGAUUCCUGAUGAUUUGCCAGCUAAUAUUCGAGACAAUGUUACUACACAUGUUUCCACUUGCAUCAAUGAAAUCUUUCAAUCGAAUUCGAUUAGAUCGUCAGCUUGUGGUCUGAUCAAUUCUGUUUUCCAUCAUUUGCGUGACGCGCAUACGCAAACUUUAUACACGGAGGGACUUCUCGGUGCUCUAUGUUGUCAAAUCGAAGAUCAAAAUGUCAGAGAUAAUUUAGGACGUUUGAUUUAUCAGUUAACCGAUUGUUGGUGUCCAGAUCCCGAAAAGCCAUUAGAUGUUCUGUACAAUGACAAAUCUGAUCGAUUAGAACCUUUCAUCGAUAUUUAUCAAUCGAUUGAAACCGAGGAUGGUCCUAUAUUAUUAUCGGGACCCGUUAAAAGAGCAUUAGCAUCUAUCUUACCUUGGAUAGAAAAUAGUUAUCCUGUUAUUUUACGAGGAGAACAGGGUUCAGGUAAAAGUACAUUAAUAACUGCUGCAUUAUCCUCUUUAAAAAAUCAGUAUAAUGCACCGUCCAUGACCUUGAUACAAGGAUCUUCUUUAUACGGUGCACAGGAUCUUUUAACUCGGUUAAAACGCGCCUGCGUUCGUCUUGAUUCUUCCUCUCAUGGAAGAACUUAUAAACCCAGAAAUGGUUCUCGUAUUAUUUUAAUACUCGAAGAUAUUCAUCUGGCUUCCAAACAGAUGCAGGAAUUGGUACGAGAAUUAUUGCAAGAUGAAGGAUUUCACGAGGAUGAUUUAGAAUUCGCACGAAUCCCAUUAACAAUUAUUUCCACAGCUGAUUCUAAUACUCCACUUCAUCCUAGAUUAGAAUGUCUCAUGGCAACUUAUUAUUUACCUUGUCCAAGUUCGAAAGAAAUUGUUGCUAUGUUAGAACUUCAUCUUAGAAGUGCAUUAAAAGAAAAAGAUGAUUUUAUUGAUUCCUGGAUUACGAAGACAUCGCCGAUUAUGUUCGAGGCUUAUCAAUCAAUAAAUUUGUCCAAUGAAUUGUCUUCUUUCUUGUGGACACCAAAGGAUCUUAUUUUAUGGGCUGAUUGUCUUGGUUAUUAUUUAUCUCCUGAAAACGAGAAUGAUCUUACAAGUUAUAUGUUCGAUGCUGGAAAACGUUUAUUCUAUCCGAAAUUAACAGCUGAAGCUCGUGUCAAUUGGGAUUCCAUAUUGUCCGCACAAUUUGUCAAUCCUAAAAAUUCGAUUAACGAUGUAUUCGUUUGGAAAAUUGGUAAUACUGAAUUGUUGCCUAUCGUGGAAGAAGAAUGGAAAGAUAAUAUCGUAAAUGUUGCUGCAAGAUGUGCGAGAGAAGGUGAACCAAUACAUGCAACAAUAACGUCACAUCUUUUACAAAUGGUUGCUGGAAUUUGUUGGACAUUUGGAACACGUUUACGUGGUGUCAUCUUAACUGGACGACCAGGAUCAGGAAGAAAAUCAGCUAGCAAAUUAGCUGCAACUUUUUCAUCCUUUCGUUAUAUCGAUUCGGGACCUGGACGAGCUAAAGCUUCGAUUAAAUCAGCAAUUCAAACGGCAGGUAUCGAUGGGGAACCAACGAUGCUCUUACUGGAGGAACACCAUAUGAGAGAGGAAGAUACGUCAAUUUUGGUCAGCGCUAUUAUUGCCAAUGGUGAACUUCCAGGACUUUUUUCAAUCGAGGAAUUGGAUGGUAUGAUAGCACCAUUGAUAGAUUUGUCAAGGAGAGAAGAUUUUCCUGGCACGUUGGAACAAUAUUUUUAUCAUCGUAUUCGAAAUUAUCUUCGCGUAGUCGUAAUCUUAGACAUCGGUGAUUUGAAAUCAACAUUCUUAUCACGUUCCGGAUUGUUGAGAAUCUGUGCAGUAAUUGGACCAAGUCUUGGAAACGAAUGGUGGUCUUACGAAGCACCAUUGACCGAGUUAGCUAUUCAAUAUAAUAAUUCUCAUGGAUCGGAUGUUAUCGUAGAAUCAUCAAAGGGGGGUAUAGAAGUUAUGAUUAAAGCCCAUCUGCAAGCACCGAAGCAACAGCAAGCGCCGGCACGUUUCUUAGCUUUACUUUGUACAACGGAAAAGCUUCGUGAAAUUUGGAGUGAGGAGGUUGAAAGUAAACUUAAUAGCCUUACCGCUGGUAUUAGCAGAUUAAGGGAAGCCGGUGAACACGUUGCUAAAUUGGAGGAUGAAGUGUCGAAACAAAGGCAGGAACUUGAGAUCGAAAAAGGUAGGGCCAAUGCAGCUUUGGAAAAAAUUACUGCAACGAUGAGAGGUGCAACAGGUCAACGAGGUGAGAUGACCAAUUUAAAAGCUGAAACCGAACGAGAGAGUGCCGAAUUAGCACGAAGAAAGGCCGAUAUCGAAGGAGAAUUAAGUAAAGUCGAACCAUUGGUCGAACAAGCGGCACAGGCUGUUGCUGGUAUAAGUGCUGAUGCUCUUGCCGAAGUUAGAUCGUUACGAGCACCUCCAGCACCUGUUAGAGAUGUUCUCGAAGGUGUCUUGAGACUUAUGGGUAUCAAGGAUACGUCUUGGAAUAGUAUGAAAACGUUUUUAGCUAAACGUGGGAUCAAAGAUGAAAUCAGAACUUGGGAUGCAAGGAGAAGUACUUCGGCAAGUUUAGAUGCGGUCGCAAAGUUGGUUAAAGAACGUCCAGAUAGUUUUGAAGAAAAAACUGCUAGAAGGGCGUCAAUUGCAGCAGCCCCGUUGGCUGCUUGGGUUCUUGCUAAUUUGCAAUACGGACAAAUACUUCAACAAGUGGCACCCUUGGAAAGAGAACAACGUUUAUUAGCCGAACGAUUAUCAGCAGCCGAAGCUCAACUCGGAAGAUUGGCAGCUGGUUUGAACACAGUUGAGAGUCGGGUCGCACAAUUGCAAGAAGAAUUGGCCGAACAUUCCCGUGGUGCUGCAUCAUUGCAAUUGAGAACCGAAUCUACGGAAUCCAGUCUUAUUACUGCUAGAUCACUUUUGUUGAAACUCGACAAAGAACAUCGGGAUUGGCAAACGCAAUUGGAAGAAUUGACAAAUCGUAAAGAAAGAUUGGACGUUGAAGCUGCCAACGUGGCAUCCUUUUUGGUUUAUCAAGAUCCGCAAAGGGACGACAAGUGGAAAAGAUCAGCCAUCGAGUUAUUGAUCGAUGAACGAGAAAGAUUAAUUUGGCGUGCACAGGGACUCCCAGCGGAUACCGGAAGUCUUGUUGGUGCUGCUUGUGCAUUGAGAGGACCAUUAGUACCAAUUUUCCUCGACCCAUCAGGUGUUGCGGUAUCUUGGCUUAAAUCAAACAUCGGAUCCAAAUUAGAAAUUACUAAAGCCGAGGAUACGAAGUUCUAUACCGCAUUAGAAUUAGCUGUGAGAUUUGGGAAGCCAUUGUUGGUUGAAGAAAUCAUUGAAUUUCCAUCGAUUUUGUUAAAACUUUUACGAAAACGACCAUUGAGACUUUGCGAUCGUGAUUUGCCUGCUCAGCAAGGAUUUCAAUUGUUCUUGGCUACUAGGAAGGAUCGAUUGGAUAAUAUUCCUAAGGAAGCUGACGCUGUACUUUUUCAAAUUGCUUUGGGUGCUGGGACGAGAAGUUUAGCCGAGAGACUCGUCGAUAAGGUGUUGUUAAAGGAAACUCCAGAAAUUAUAUCAAGAAGGAGAGAAGCUUUAGAACGGGAAGAAAAACUUUCUGGCGAACGAGAUGCUGCACGUGUUGAUUUGUUAGCCCAAUUGGGUAGAGCCAGAGGGCAAGAUCUUUUACAGGAAACUCAGGGUGGCCAAGGAAAUGAUAGUAAUGGUAGUGGUGGUAAUGGUGGUGGUGGUGGCGGACUUUUAACUUCUUUGGAAAAGACUCAAACAAAAGCGAAAGAGAUUUUAUUGGCCCUCGAAGAAAGUCGACGAAGCCUCGAGGAUAUUUCAAAAAGAAUAGAGAGUCGCGAGAGACUUGCUAAAUUUGCAGCUAACGUUUACAAAGCUGUUAAGGGACUGACAUCGUUGAAUCCUUUAUACGUUUUCUCAACGGAAGCUUUCACGGAUAUUUAUCUUGAAGCAGAGAGUACCAGAUCAAUAGCCAUUUCCGAUGAGAGAAAGGAACAGGAUAGGCUAGUUGAAAAGAGAUUAAUAGCGUUGACGGUGCAUUAUUGCACGAAAGCAGCAUAUAGGAAACACCGAUUAACGUUAGCAUUGUACUUGGCACUCUCUUUAAAUCCAAUAUCGGAAAUUGAUAGGAAUUUAUUACUCGAUAGUGGUUUACCAAAUAACGGGGAUAAUGUAGAUUUGGAAGUACCCGAUUGGAUACCUGACGAACGUCGGACAGCGGUAAAAGUAUUGGCCAGUUUCAUGCCACAGGUAGCUGGGAAAAUGAAACGUGAUUGGUUGAACGAUAUUGGUAAUGUGUACACGGACAACAAUUUGACACAUAUCCAACGAAUUCUAAUUAUCAAAGCACUUCGUCCGGAUUAUUUGCAUACUGCUCUAUCGAAAUUCGCUAUCUCGCAAUUAGGUGUACGAGAUUUAGCACCACCAACUUGGACAUUGCAAAAGAUAGCAGAGAACGAUGGAUCAAGCCCGAUACUUUUGUUGUUAUCACCUGGAGCUGAUCCCGGUCCAGAAUUAAAAUCAUUGGUUGGUAAUCUUGUAGCAUCAUCAACUGGUUUCACUGAAGUUUCUUUAGGACAAGGACAGGUUACACAAGCUGAGCUUGCUUUGGAAACUGCAUGCAAAAAUGGUAGUUGGGUACUGUUGAGUAAUUUGCAAUUAGCAUUAACAUGGUUACCACGAUUGGAAAGUUUAUUGAGAUCGCCAAUGUGUACAGCAAAUAAAAAUUCAACAACGAGAAUUUGGUUGACCACCGAAGAAUGUGAAGGAUUUUAUCCUGGUUUAGCUGGGCUAUGUUUAAAAUUGGCUUACGAGCCACCCGAAGGUGUUCAAAGAAAUUUCAAAAGAUCAUUCCAACAAUUACAACAAUUGGAUGAUAAAAAAACGAAUGUUAAUAUUCCUGGAAUGUUUUUACUUUCGUGGUUGCAUUCGACCAUUCAAGAAAGACGAAAAUUCGUUCCCCAAGCAUGGAUCAGAUCUUACGAAUGGAACGAAGCUGAUCUUGGUGCUGCUUAUACGUUGAUAGUUGAUAAAACAAUUAAAAGUAAUCAAACGCAAAAUUGGGAGACUGGUCAAGGAUUGUUGGACGUUGCUGUUUACGGUGGAAGACUUCAGGACGAUUACGAUAUGCGUGCACUUUGUGCUAUCAUACGUGAAAUUUGGUCAAAGGAUGUCUUCGAAGGUCGUCGUACCUUAGCUGGGGUUCUUAAUAUCCUAGAUAUCUCGGAAAAUGAUCCGAUGAAGAUCGUGGAACGUUUGGACAGUGAAGAUUCACCUAGGGAAUACUUUGGUUUACCUGCUAAUGCUCACAGAGCUUGGGAAAGGGUAGCUGCUGAGAUUGCAUUGACACUUCUCAAAGGUAUGACAAUAAAAAUAUCAAGCAACGAGAAGACUCGCGGUAGAACCAGAUCAGAUAAUACAAUCGAAAAAGAUUUAAAGGAAUUAUUGGAUCGACGUUUGACGAAAAUUGAAGCAUCGUUGAAUCCUCUCUCGAAUGAUAUUAAAAAAGAGACUCCUCUCAAACGUUUCUUCGCAGACGAGCUCGAGUUUACUCGAGAUUUAUUAAAUCGAAUACGAUUGGAUCUCGAAUUAAUUAGAAUCGAGGAUACAAAGACACCUAACAAAUGGAUGAAUGAGUGGCAAUCUGGACCAAAGGAUGCAGUAACAUUCGUUCAUGGUUUAUUAACAAGAUAUCAAAUAUUGGAAUCCUUUGAAAUGAGUUUUCCACUUCGAGUCGAUUUAUCGAAACUUGCCAGGCCAAGGGCCUUUUUAGCUGCCCUUAAACAACACACAGCUCGUGAGAUCAAUCAUCCUCUUGAAAAUUUACGAUUAAGGGUUAAUUGGAUGCUAGAUGAUAAUAGAAGUGAACAGUGGAAGGUAUCCGUGAUUAUUGAGGGUCUUCUUAUCUCAGGUGCUCUGAUCAAAGAUAGCACACUGAAAGACGUGGACGUUAAUGCUGCACCAAUUGCAGCUGCUCCUAUUUGUCAAAUUGCAUAUUUACCCGAACGAUAUUCCUUUGAUAAAGAUUCGGAUAAAAAAACAUUGCAUUCGUAUUACGAAAAAAAAGAGGACAAGGAUUGGAUUAGUAUACCAGUUUAUAAUGAUUCUCAACGUAGUUCAUUCGUUUGUUCAUUUCCAAUUGGUUGUCCUAGGGAAAAUCGAAAUAUUUGGUUACGUCGUAGUGUUGCUCUUUACUUCAAACCUAUUUAACUAAUUCAUUUGUUCAUUUAUUUUUUGAUUUUAGGAAAACAUUUGUCUCUU